AUGGCUGCGGUGGCAGUGCAGGCCGAGCGGCAGCCCAUCAUCGAUGCGCCGCGCGAGGGCGAGGACUUGAAGGAGCCGUUGCCCGCGGGGCUGAUCUCGGCGCAGGUCCGGAAGCCCCUGGGCAUCGUGCUGGGCGAGCGCGGGCGCGGCGGCGAGGUCUUCGUUGAGGAGAUCACUCCGGGCGGCAAUGCGGAGAAGAACGGCGUGCUCAAGGAGGGCGACGUGCUGGUGCGGGUGUCCGCGACGAUCCUGAAGAAGGACGGGGACCCGACGCUGGAGGAGGGGUACGGCGUGCGGCCGUACACGAACUGGCAGCGCGUGAUGUUCGACUGCCGCGGCGUGGACUUCAACACGGUGAUGUCGGCCAUCGGGUCGAACAACGAGCGCUGGGGCAUCAACGACGUGUACAUGGAGGUGGUCCGGGGCAGCGCGGGCGCGGAGAAGAAGGAGGAGUGA